AAAACACUGACCGGUUUUGCAUGUUUAUGGGCCGAUCCCAUAAUGAACGCCGUCGUUUUCAAUUUAGAAUCGCGUAUUCACAUCUACAAUAAUGAAAAAUCAUUAAUUACUCGAAUUAUUACAUAGUUCGCUGAAAUGGAAGCUGGAGUAGAGGAAAUUGAGGUGGAAAGCGGUGAGGUGAUCAAUGCAGCAGCGAAAACCGACCGUAAGGAAUCAAAUUCCGGUUUGAAUCAGAAGGAGAUAUUCAGAGCGGUGGAGGUCGUCGAGAGAGACUCUGUAGCCAUCGCCGAGAGCUUCACUGCUCUCUUCGCUUCUCUUCGAUUGGCUUUGUCUGAGGUUACCAACACGUCGCUUGAUCAUAUGCAGUGCUUUGGUGAUGCUGCUGGCCGUCUUCAGGAAUCAGUGCUUGAUGCAGCAACAAAAGGAAAUCGCUAUAUAAAUUCGUGUCUUAGAUUGAAUGAGGAAAUGAAGGGAAUUGACACCUUAGCUGCACAAUUUUAAAUCGGCUAUUAGGCCUCCAAGAAACAGUCUCGGAAAGGAUAAUCUCUUUGAUAUGGUGACCGAGGUGCAAGAAGCCAUCCUUAAUGAAACCUUUCAUUCCUUUUUUUUUUUUUUUUUUUUGACAGAUUGCUCAAGUAGCAGCAGUGAGAUUUUCUGGUUUGCAAAUGAAUAGUAAACCAAAAAAUAUUUUGAGGCCAUUUUGACAAUUCGACGAGUAGCUUAGUGACGAGUAUUUCUUACACAGAAUAGGAGUUUAAGAGUUCAAAUCUUGCAUUUUAUUUAUUUGUUUAUUUGUUAAAUUAUUGAAGCACUAAAUUGAAGAUUACCAACCAUUUCAUUGGCCACAUUGCUGAAUUUUACACAUGGGUUCGCUUGCCAUGAAAAGGUGGCGAAUUGGCCUCCAACGAGCAUGACAUCCAAAUUGCAGGAGAACGAGAAACUGGUUGCUAAAAUAAUUUAUUCCUCUUUCUGAUGUCUCAAUAAUAAUGAUAAUGAUAGUUUAUUCUCAUCAAGUUUUGGGUUGCCUUUCUUCUUAUCAA